AUGUCUUUCUCUGAAGAUCAAUUCGUUUCUAAAUUGAACGCUUUAGAUGAAACUCAGGAAUCAAUUGUAAGUGCUUCCAAAUGGCUGCUUACUCAAUACAAAGAGGUUAAUCAAAUUGCGCAUUGCUGGAAAAGAUUUGUGAUAAAGCCAACAAUAAACACUCGCAGGAAGCUUUUAGCUAUAUAUCUAGCCAAUGAUGUGAUUCAGCAAGCCAAACACAAACGUGUGGGCGAUUUCGGAACCGCGUUCGGGGCUAUAAUGCCUGAAGUUUUGGGGGAGGUCUACCCAGGACUAAACAAAGAAAUGCGGAAGAAAGUAAGGCGUGUGGUUGAUAUAUGGAAACAGCGUCAGGUUUUUUCUGACAAGGUGAUUAAAGAUGUGUAUCCUAAGUUGAAAGAUACCCCCAUCAAACCUUCACGCAGUGACAAUUCGAGUGUGGCUUCGGUUGUCCCAGAAUUGCGGCAAGUGGUCUCGGUUUUUGACCAACUCAGCAAAUCGCAAGCCAGCGUUUCCUCAAACAAAACAAGGUUUGAUUCUUCGUUGGAGGCAUUGGACCCAAGUAGCGUUGUAUACUCUGAAAAUUAUAAGACCGUACAAAAGAUCGGUCAAGUUGCCAAGGACGCGCUUCAGAAGUCGAUGGAACUGCGAAGCCAGGCACUUAAAGAGCUCAAGAUAAUGCUAGAUUUUCAAACCGAACAAGCACAACAGGAUCAAGAAAUGAUUAACGAAAUAGAUGCGGUGCUAGCUGCGAAAGAUCCUUCGAAACCCCAACCAUCCACAACAGAGCAGACUGACUUGCUGCCAACUUACGAGGCUAGUGACGGAAGUGAUAGUGACACUGACAAGAGUGACAUUGAAGAAGAUACGAAAUCAUCGAAGAGGCACGAAUCCUUUGGGACAGUAGCCGAGAAAGAGGACAUGAAGCGAUUGAAGAUGGCGGCUGCAGAUUCGGGAGGUGAUAUAAAUGCUUUCGAAGCUGAGGUGUACGAGCCCACACCAGCAGAAGUAGCCGCUAAUUCAUCUAUGGCUGUUACUUCUAGCAUUCAGGACUUAUUAAGUAAAUUAGCUAGUUGA